AUACUUGCAAAAUGCCGCCCGUUUGCAAAAAUAAGAAUAAAGGUUAUAAAAAAAGCGAGAAAGGAUCUUUAGAUACAUUGAGCGUAACAGCACUUAAAAAGAAAAUAAGAGAUACAGAACGGUUCUUAAAAACAAAUGAGAAACUUUCAGCCAAAGGACAAGUAAGCCUGGAAAGACGCUUGAAAGCGUGCAAGUUGUUGCUAGUUGAAAGAAUGGCAGAAAAUAAGGAGAAAAAUAUGACUUCAAAAUAUCGAAUGGUUAAACAUUUCGAUCGAAAAAAAGUUGAGAGAGCAAUUAAAAAAGUCCAGAAACAACUAAACGAAACACGAACAUUUCGAGAGAAGACAGAACUUGAAAAAAAGUUGUAUGAAUUACAAAUAGAUUUUAAUUAUAUUUUGUAUUACCCAAAGAAUCUCAAGUAUUUGGCACUUCAUCCAACAAGUGGGGGAGAUGAUGAAAAAAUGAUAUCGAAAAGAAAUGAAAUUAGACAGAUAAUAAAAGGAGCUAUGCAAAGUAAUGAUUUAGAAUCUUUAAAUAAACGAUUUAAGGAGGAAAUUAAAUUACAAAUUGUUGAAAAGAUGAUGAAUAAUGAAAGUCUUAAAAAGAAAGAGAACAAAUGCCAAGAAAGAGAUAAAGAAAUUAUUAUGAGUAAUUUGAGUAAGACGAUUGAUGACGAUUUUUUUGGAUCGGAGGAUGAUAUUGAUAAAGAGGAAGAGGAACAACUUUAGAUUGUUUACCAAUAAUAGCGUAAAUUAAUAAAAGUGAAAAAUAAAAUAAAUUCUAAUUAUAAUGUUUUUCUAUGUUACCGAAAGGAGCUUGGUCAUAAUUAUGGCUAAGAAAAAAGCAUUUUACAUUUAUUCUAAUAUGUAUAAUUGCUAAAUAUUUCCUUUCGAAGAAAAAUUUAUAGCAAUCUCUAGUCAACAGUGAUAAUCGUUUUGCUGAUUGAUUCGUUCCUUGCUAGACAUCUCUUAUAUAUUUAUCAUCAAAUUAUCUCUGUUAAUGAGAAUCUAAGAAAUUUGCACAUUCUCUAAAAAAAGGAUGUCUUUAAUAGUUAUUUAGUCAUACUAUCAUAUCCCAGCAAAAAAAAAAAAAA